CUAUGUCACUCUCAGUCAGAGGACGGCCACUUCGAAUUAGGACAGAUCAUCUAGUUGCUGACAUAUUCAUCUUGUCCCUACUCCAAUGGUAUCCAAUUUUCAACCAAAAAGGCAUCACCUGGAAAGAAACGUAAUUGUAUUCCUCUAAUAAUUCCAACAAUUAAUAAAUGGUAAAAAAAUGGAGUGGAGCAGAAACCCAACAAGGCAGCUACUACUGCAAAUCUGGUCCUCUGCAAAUCUCUUGAUCGGAGCAAUGGAUGUUACUCCGGCGAUGUUGGCGGCUGCAGUCGCAGUCCUCGCCGUUGUUGCAUCGCUCCCAGUACUGCUGCGCCUCCUCUCUGCCAGCACCGGCGGCAAGAAGACGAAGCUCCCACUGCCUCCCGGUCCAUUUGGUCUACCUUUCAUCGGGCAGACGCUCAGCCUGGUCCGCGCCCUCCGCGCCAACACCGCCGACGACUGGCUCCGGCGCUGCGUUGCCGCGUACGGCCCCGUGUCGCGGCUGUCCCUCUUCGGCUGCCCGACGGCCUUCCUCGUCGGCCCCGCCGCCAACAAGUUCAUCUUCGCCAGCGCCGCGGUGACCGCCAAGACACCCGAGUCCUUGGCCCGGAUGGUCGGCCGACGGACGAUCAGGGAGGUGGUCGGCGACGAGCACCGCCGCGUCAGGGCCAUGAUGGUCCAGUUCCUCAGGGUGGACGCCGUCAAGAGGUACGUCGCCAGCAUGGACGGCGAGGUCCGGCGCCACCUCGACGAGGAGUGGCGCGGCCGGGGCACCGUGGCCGUGAUGCCAGCCAUGAAGCUGCUCACGUUCGACGUCAUGUGCACAGCCAUCUUCGGCCUCGGGAGGGACGCCGUCCGGCGGGAGCUCUGGACGGAGUUCCAGCAGCUGGUGAGGGGCAUCUGGGCGGUCCCGGUGAACCUUCCCUUCACCACCUACAGCCGGUGCCUCGCGGCGAGCCGCCGCGGGCGGCACGCCGUCGCUGGGGUCAUCCAGGAGAGGAGGGCCAAGCUGGAGCGCGGGGAGAGCGCGCCGUCCAGCGACGUGGUCACCAACAUGCUCGCGGAGGGUCUUCCUGACGAGGAGAUCAUCGACAACGUCAUGUUUCUCAUGGUCGCCGCGCACGACACCACCGCCGCCCUCCUCACCUUCCUCAUCCGGCAGCUCGAGGCCGACAAGGAUGCCUACGACAAAGUUGUCCACGAGCAAGAAGAGAUCGCGCGGAGCAAGGCGCCCGGGGAGGCUCUGUCGUGGGAGGACCUCGUCAGGAUGCGGUACACCUGGGCGGCGGCGAUGGAGACGCUGCGGAUGGUCCCGCCGGUGUUCAGCAUGAUGAGGAAGACGGUGGCCGACGUCGAGUACGGCGGCUACCUGAUCCCCGAAGGGUGGCAGGUGAUCCACGCCGCCAACAUGACGCAGUGGGACCCGGCCAUCUUCCCGGAGCCCGGCAGGUUCGACCCGGCGCGGUUCGAGAACCCGUCGGGGGUACCGCCCUUCGCCUUCGUGCCGUUCGGCGGCGGCGCGCGCGUCUGCCCCGGGAACGAGUUCGCCAGGGUGGAGACGCUGGUGGCCGUGCACUACAUCGUGACGCGCUUCAGGUGGAAGCUCGCCGCCGGCUGCGACCGCAGCUUCUCCAGGUUCCCGCUGCCGUACCCGUCCCAGGGCCUCCUCAUCGACAUUGAGCCUAUUCAGAAAUGAGUGCUCGAUUGCAUCCGAUUCAGCUCGAGGAAUCCGUGUGCAGAAGCAGGAAGCGCCUUGAGAAAGUUCAGUAACAGCUGUUAGCUGUAGUUCAGUUCAGUUGGCUUGAUGUACAGGUUUACUGGCAGUGAAUUUGCAGCAUAAUUUUCUGUUGCUUGUCAGUAAUUAUGCCAGUAUACUGAAACUGAACUAUAUAUAUAAUGGAAGUCACAGUGAUAUACUGAAUACGAUUAUAUA